CCCUAUUCCAUCUAUCACGACGGAGAUCCGAGUCGACUGCGCGCGUUCCACACUCCCGCACUUGGGGAGAGGCGAAUGCUAUUUCACGCCGCGCCACUAGCGGGCGCACCCCUGAUGUCGCGGCUAUGUCCUAAGCGGCGGCAAUUCCGCCGUCCGAACGUCACUUACUGCCGUCCGAUUCCCUCCAUCGCCUUCUCUGGACGACGCAUGUUGAUAGAGAGCUACUGGGCAUUAUGUCCGAGAAGAAAUGAGGUUUCAUCACAUGCCUUCUCGAGUUGGGGCAGCGGAGGAAGAAGUUCAUCAUGGACAUGGAAAAGGAGCGGAGCUAUGCUAUUCAGUAUUUACAUACACACUUAUGUUUAUACAAAAUCUUCUUCUGGUCGGCCUAUUCAACACGAUUCCCUCCAAGGCAUUUCACACCAGGAGAAAAUAGCCAACAUUACACCGGCGGUGAUGUGCGCGGAAUGGAGUACCAUAUCAUUAUCGGCCUGUCUUCCUUCACUGGGAGACCAAGGUUCUCAAUUUAAAGCCGGUACAUGUGCCAGCACUGCUAGGUAUGUCGCAGCUACACAGCUUAUAGUUCAUCCUUCUUGAGUUUGUGCUGGUUUUUGAGGUGAGCGUACGCAUGGUAGAUCUGUCGGUACGGGAUUGAUUUUCCACCUGUUUUAUUAGCACGUAUGAGCAGAAACCAGGGGGAGGGGAAGGGGGAGGAGUUUAAGGGGUGACCUACAGAAAUAGCAAAC